AUGGUUAUCAAAAAGCCACUGGACCCCGAAGAGGCACGUAGCAUCCAUCGCUGUGCGCUCAGGUAUGCUCAAGACCGACGGAAAACUCUGUACCGACUUCGAGAAUGCCGGUACAAUCUCCUCCACGAGACUGUCGAUCCCGGCACUCUGAGGCGAAACAUCCAAAGUAUCGCCUUUGGCAAAACCCAACUCAACUUCCAACGAGAUGCCCCGUCCGAGGUUCAGGAGCUUCACGUCCCGGUCAUUCGCGAUGUCUUUCCUGACCCCGAUAUUCACAUGGAAGCCAAAGAGAUUUGGGAAAAUAAUGAGCUCCACGAGUGUUAUCUCCGGACAUGGAAGUCAAUUCAAAGCGUUCUACUCGAGAUUGACGACAGAUUGAAAUGCUACGGGUUUGUCAAGGAGGAGAAAAUGAAAAUGGUUGCAAUGUUGGAAAUGCUCGUGGUUCAGGUUGGUCGAUUGCGCGAAGCCUUGGUGGGAUUGAUUAUUGUCGAUAGGUUUGCGGAUGAGAUGGAUGAGAUUGCGACGAGUAAAGAUCGGCAGUGGUCAUCGAAUCCGGAGCUGUGGAGGAUCUGGAGUCGAUUGCAACGAGACUUGAAAUGUGGAUGUAUUGCUUGCACGCCUCUUGCUCCGAAGGCUUCUGACAAUCCUGUGUUUGUGAUGCCAUAUUUACCACUCAUAGCUGGAUCGAUUUUUACGGAAGGAGGUUUGAGCAUGGGAAUGCGACCUUGGAGUGGAUGUGAUCAGAUGGUUCAAUCAUUGGAGACAGUUUCAGUCCCUGAUGGGGAGAUUACCCAGAAUUAG